AUGAAGGAAAAUGAUAAAACUAUUGCAAGGAAAAGCGACUAUGAAGAGGAGGAAGUGAUCUCCAACAUGUGGGUUCAACUCUUGAUCCAUUUCAAUGUCUACUUCGCCGGAAUUUGGAUUCUAGUGACAAUCAUAUUUUUAAACUAUGAGUUCACCAAUAUUAAUGAAAUCGAAAAAAUACUGUCCAUCCUCUCGCUCAUCGUCGCAAUACCGUUGGAAGUGGUUCGACUCUAUCUAGGCUUUACAGGGAACCUUAUGAGCGCGAUACCAAGUUUUGCCGGUUUCCUCAUACUGUCGUUCCUCAUACAACUGCCACUGCAAGUCUAUCUGCUGAUGGCCACACACACCGUAAAGCACCUGCUACCAACCGUGGUGCAAUCGAUUGCGACCGGUACACUGGUUCUGCAGAUCGGAAUAGGAGUUCCAGCGAUGCGAAAACUGUCCGCCUUUCGAAGGAAACAGUUCCAGCUGGAACGAUGGCAUUAUAUGGGCAAGAAUGGUGCAACUGAGCGAUCCAAUUCAAAAUCUGAAAGGGUUGUUGAAUAA